GAGCGCGGCUUGAGCCCUCCCGGCUCCCGUCGCCGCGCUCCCUCCCUCUCCCGGCGCCGCCCCAUCCCGCCCCAGCGGCGCGGCGAGCGGAGGGGAGCGCAGGGCAGCGGCGCGGCGAGCUGCCGGGGCAGCGGCGAUGGCCGAUUACUGGAAAUCUCAGCCUAAAAAAUUCUGCGAUUACUGCAAGUGCUGGAUAGCAGACAACAGACCUAUUAAGAAGAAAAGUUUGGAAAAGGCAAAAGAAGAAGAAAACAUGUCAAAAGAAUUUGCAGCAAUGGAGGAGGCUGCAAUGAAAGCAUAUCAAGAGGAUAUGAAAAGGCUUGGAAUUAAGCCAGAUGCUGUAGGUUCCAGUUCAACACAGAGUAAAACACAGAGUAACACAGUGGAAACUAAAGUGAAGAAAGAAAAGAAAGAGAAGAAGGAAAAGAAAGAAAAGAAAAAAAAGACACCUCAGGACGCCUCAAUGCCAUCAAAAACUGAAACGAAGGAGUGGGUGCAAGGAUUAUCUCCUGAAGGCUAUACAUACUACUACAACACAAAAACUGGAGAAUCACAGUGGGAGAAACCUAAAGGAUUCCAAGGCAACUCUCAAAACUCACAAACGGGAGCAGAAUGGGUGGAAGGUGUCACUGAAGAUGGUCAUACCUAUUACUAUAACACACAAACUGGAGUAUCCACAUGGGAGAAACCGGAUGGUUUUGUUUCAUCUUCAAAUGAGAAGGGUCAACGUGCAGAAACAGCAUCUGAAUCAGACUCAGAAGAUAGUGAGGAUGAAACAGAGAGUUCAGAAACAAACUUCAAGAGGAAAGGAGAUAAUGGUGAGGAAUCAGAGGAAGGGAAAUCUCCCAAAGCUAAAAAGUUAAGCCCUUAUGGGAAAUGGCGAGAAGUUAAGUCAGAAGAAACUACAGAUAAAGAGGAGAGUACAUCAGCUUCCCAAGAAAACUCUGGUGAUGGAUCUAACAAGACCAACCCUUAUGGGAAAUGGAAAGCACUUAAGGAAGUAGGGGAAGAACAAGAAGAAGAAGAAGCAGGUGAAAAAGUGGACCUGGAGCUUCCAAGUACAGAGAGUGACAAUGUAGCACCCCCAGUGCUAGAGGAUCCAGAAGAGGAAACAGUCAUAUUUAAAGAGAAGACAGUCACCUCCCUUGGAGACCUGACAGAAGGGGUGCCAACAUUUAAGAAGAGGAAAUUUGAAAAUGGAAAAUCUAGAAACUUAAGACAAAGACUAAGUGAUCAGUAAUACUUAACAAAUCAUUUUAGAUUCUGUUUAAGCUAGAGUGAAUCAAAAGUUUAAUAUUUUCAACAGGCUUUUAUAAAGAAAGUGUUGGAUAGAAGUUAAGGAUUUAUAGGUAAUAAAACAUAAGUGAGUUUAAUAUUUUUUUUAUUUUAUUUUGAUGUGAUUGGUUUUGGAAUGGAAGUUUGUGUUAAAUUACUUAUGCAAUAUUGUAAAUACUUGCAUUCUUUAUUGUAACCAUGCCAUCCAAGUUCUAUUUGCUCUGUGUAUGCUGUUUUAAAUACAUUUCAUAAGGUUUUUUACUCCUUUUCUAAGUAUGUGAGAAUGUAGCAAUCCUUAAUCUGACAAAAAUGAAGCAGACCUUUUAUUUUCAUAGAGGAACUGGAUCAAUAGAGUAUACUAGAGAGUAAAAUCAUCCCCCAAGAUUGUUUAUGUGGUGUAGUUUCUCACUAACGAGUAGAAUAUUGUGCUUACUAACCUUCGUCUGAUCAUUUGCAAAAGAGUGGGUGGUGAGACUGCCAGCAUUUCAAACUGAUCAUUUAGAAGCUGUUUUUAGAAGAGUUAGUCACAUCAGUGCCACCCAUUCCAAAUGAUGUUCUGAAAAAUUAUUUGUGUAUGUGCAUAGUAAAUGUAUUAAACCUCUGCAGAAAAUCUAACCUUGAUGAAUCCUAACUUGUAGUAACAGCACCAGAGCCACCCCUGUUGGAGUAGACAUUUCUGUGAUGUCUUCUGUCUCCUGAUUUAUUGUUGUCUACUUGAAUUUUUCCUUCCUUUUACUUUAUCAAGUUUUCUUUUUUAGUCUUGCUUUCUUUUUGUCUACUUCCUAGCAAAAAACCCACUUGCCUGAUAUUUUAAUGAAAAAGUACUUAUAGAGACUUGGCCCUGCUACAGCAUACAGGACCAUUUUUGAUGUGGUUGUGUUUUUUCUGUUGAUAAGAAGUGUGUGUUUUAUGGUUGCAGUGUUUGAUAAGCUGAGAGGGCCUAAGUGUGUUGAAGCUUCAUCAUUCUCAGUACUAUAGGGGAGGAAACCAAGAGAUCAGCAGAGCUGAUGGCUGUAGAGUCCAAGAUGACUUGGAAUGUUUUCUUAAGGAUUGUCCCACUUGGUGGGGAUUGGUCUGCAUUUAGCAUCACCAGAACUUGUUGUCUGUGUCAGAAUAUAGCUGCACUCAUUGCUUCUCUAGCCAUCAGUGAACCAGAAAGGUCCAAAUAAUGAAUUUAUUAAAAACUAUGUCUCUAUUAUUGAAGCUCACAGUGUUUUGUUCAGGAGAGUCUCAGUCAAAAGAAGAAGGAAUGCAGCUAAGGCAAGUGCCAAGAGUCCAGUAAAAUAGAGUUGGUAACUGCUGAGCUUGAAUUUCUUUGAGAAAACAACUAUUAAUCUGUUGGCUCAAUUGAGAAAGGAGUGCAGGAGAGAGAAUCUGGUUUAUUCCGUAUUACAGUGGAAGUUGAAGUUCUUUUUUCUAUUCUGUGACUUUUACUGUAUUUAGAAGAGAAUUAAUUAUUGUAUUUAAUCCCAUGUGUUUUCUUGGCUUCCUCAGGGUUGGUGUAUUUUGGCUGAUGUUUGUUCUGAUAAAUUUGAAAGUUUACUGUAAUAUCUGACCCUGUAUUAUUAUUUAGAGAUGCAGGACACAUGCAGGAUGCUUCAAAGUCUGAGAUGCAGGAAUGUACAACAUGUACUCCCAGGAGAGGGUUUCUUAAUCACAUUUUUUAGGGUUUGUUCUUACUUCUGCAUUUCUCUGGGAGCCUGCUCUAACUUGAAGUUUUCUUGUGUUUGUGGCCAGUUUACUCUUUCAAUUUACACAAGUCCUGCCCUUGAGCUAAGUAGCUUCCCUUCACCUUGAAUCCAUCACAUCUUCUCUCUUUGAAAUCACAAACAGCAUCCUUGUGUGACAGGAUCUUCAGUGUCCCACCAGUGCUCCUCAUCACCCAUCCAGCCUGCAUCUGCCUGGACUACACUUGCCUAGAUGGAUUUCCCUGGGCUAGUUCACCUUGAUUAAGGCCAUGCAUGAUGUCAUGAUGUCACCAAUACUUCUUAGCAUGUUGAAAGUAACUCUUGAUACUUCCCUAAACCUCAUUUGCUUUUCACAUGACUUAGACACUGUCUGCCAUGGGCACCCUUACCAGUGACUUCCCACUACAUCUGAUUCUUUCUGCUCCUUUGCUUUUGCAAGCUGCUGUGUUACCAGCUGGUCAUGCUUCCCUUUAAAGUACAAUUCUUUUUUUUCUUAGAAAAUUUUUUGUACUGCUGUACUCAUUCUCCUUCUGUUACUCCAAGCCUAAAGUAUAUGCAUUUCAUUGUGAUUUCUGAAAAGCUUUUUGUUUAUUAGUACAGUUUUAUCAAAUAGUAUAGGGCUUUCUUGUAGGCUCCACUUUUAAUAUCCUCUGAGGAGAAUAGCUUUCCUCUUUUACUGAGGUUCCCAAAAUAUUAGCAUCUUUUCUUCAAAAUGCUUUGUCACUUUGAAGUGGUCACAGGCAGCGAUUUAAGAUACCUGUAACUAAAUCUCUUUAGCAGAUGUUUAAAGACAUCUGAAAAUGAGUGUUCAAAACUUGUUUCCUUGUGGAGCUGCUGUUAGUUGUACUAUGAGCCAAAGGUCUUUGUAUUGUGUUAAGUAGAUCAGAACAUUAGGAAAAAAAGAUUAAAAGUUUUCUUUGCUUACAGCUAGUAAAGUUAGUUUAAAUACCAUACGUGUGGUUUUAGCUGAUGUGACUUUUAAAGCCUGCAUUUCACAAAGAAAUACAGCACUUUGCUCUCCACUACCUCUGAAAGUCAGAGACCAGUUAAUUCUUUGUUAAGUGCAAGUUAUAAAAAGGGCCAGUUGAGUUUUGAUAUAUCCUAAACCUAAUUAAUUAAUUAAACCUAAUUGUUUAAUUUUGCACCAUGCUGUCAUUCAAUUUCCUUACUUGUAUCUAAACCAAAUAUUUUCUGCUCUACACAAAAAUACUGUCUUGUAUGAGAUUUAAGGCAGAUGUUGCUUUUCCAGGACAUCUGUGUUGCGCAGAUCUCCCUCCCUUCUGUCCCAUCUCCCUGCAAAUUCUUCUGCUUUUGGAAUUUGCUAUAGGAGCCCUCUAGGUAUUGCCACUGUUAUGCCCCUCAUCUGCUAACCCUCCUUUGGGCUGUGCUGGCUUUUGACAAAGGAAUGUUCCUUUUACUGUUUCAGGCAAGUGUUGUCUUUUCUGGCUGAUCUAUCAGACAGAGUUUUUAUCUGCUUGCCUGUUUUUAUUGCAAGCUCCUUGACUACACUGUUGGUUUGUAUGAUGUCAUAGACACUAUGAGCAAUAUUAGGAGAGCCAGAGAGCAGGGGGCAGUCGUUGUAGUUUCUGAUUAUGAUUUCUUCUGUGUGGUUUUGAGCCAGUCAGUUCACAGCUCUGUAUUUUUCUUUCCUUGCCUCAUGUUUUCAUCCACCUUGUCUGCUUAGAAAGGCAGCUUCACAGCAUAAGACUGUGUGUUUUUACAGCAGGGCCUGCCUGAAGUUGGUAAUGCUUUUAGAAGCAAAUACAUUGCAUAUACAGAAAAAAAGAAAAAUUAUUUUGUUGAGCAUUUGCUAUGCCAGGAGCUGUGCAGAGACUGCUCAAUUUUAGCCAUGUUAUAAAAUAAUCCUUGUUCCUAUUUAGGCUAAAGUACAUUUUAAUCUUUCACCUGUGGGUUUGUAGAUUGAAAUCCACACUUUCCUAAUAGGGUAAAGUUUUAUUUGACCCUCAUAUAUAAAAUCUGUGCCUGCAGCAUCAUCCAGUUCCAAUAUUCAGUUUUAGAAGUGGGAGGGCUUGGGGAUAUCAUGACAUGGAUCUGAGUUAAAUUCACUAACUUGUGGAUGUAUAAAUAUUUCUCCUUUCUUUUUUCUUCCCUGAAAGAAAUUUUAUUUCAGUGCAAAUUUUGGCAUCUCAGAAAGGGAGUAAAAACCAAUUUCAUGCUGCUUGGUUUCUUUGAUGUGUUUUUUGAGUUGUGUCUCCCCUUUUUUAGCACUUUCCUUAUUAUUGCUGUCUUCCUUGAAUUGUCUUCCUCCUGUAUUCCCAGAUAUGCAAAUCUCUAUCACCGCUGUGCCGUGUUUCUGUUGUCCUCCUUCACUUCUGCCCUGCUCUGCUGAGGUUUCCAGAAAGCUUCAUGUUCUUCUGUAGCCACCGUGUGUCCAGGUCCUGGCUCCCAGGAGUGAUUCUGCUGCCUGUUUGCACUGUGCCCUGAAGAGCCCUGUCUGUUUUCCAACAACACACAAGCUAGUUCAAGACUUUACAUGUGCUCUUUUGAUUUCCUUGAUAAUUCCUUUUUCCAAGACAGAUUCCAUUCCUCGUACAGGGUUUGCAGCCCUUAGAUCCCUUUGCUUGUUGGUACAAAAGCUGUCUUUAUACCUCCUUCUAUCAGCUGUGGCAACCCUUGGGUUCUGUUUUCUCAGCCAGACCUCUUCAGUCUCGCUUCUAUCUACCUCUUAAGUGCCCCUACCUUCUACCUGCUAAAUUAUUUAACUUAGAAUUUGUGUUAACCGUUUGUGUGAUUAACAGGUUUAGCUUUGUGAAAUGUUUCAGGAUAGAACUUGAAUAAAAUUUUCCGUACAAAGCAAAAAGUGUUGCAAAUUAUCAUCUCAAAAAGGCUAAAUUUGCCCAAGGAGGAUUCCCAGAGAACCAGAUUUCAGAAAUUCCUGGAGAAUUUGGGGAAUUCCCAGGAUUCAAAAGCAGAUUUGAUUUUACCUGUAAAACCAUGCCUGCCUGUUAAAAACCAGCAGACAAUGUUUUACAGACCAUGGACUGGAGACAGUGGAUUUUAAUGGCUUGCUUGGGGUGAUUGAAAAGCGUUUGUUUUAGUUUAAAAGUAAUGUCUGCAAAGUUAAACAGCUGGUUUCUCUUCUCAGUUGCAAUUACAAAGUAUUGCAAGCUCUUGAAGUGGAAUUUAUAUGAAAAUACUGAAUAAAGCUUUCAUUUGAACAAUC